UUCCGGCCGCCGCUCUGCCGGCCGGGUCCGCCGGCGGCCCCGCCAUGCGGAGGCGAUCGAGGCGGGGCCGCGGCGCGCUGGGCCGGCCGGGCUAGGGCAGGGAGGGCAGGGCCGGGAGUGUGUGUGUGUGUGUCACCCCUCCCCCGGUGCGGGAUGUACACAUUCGUGGUGCGGGACGAGGGCAGCAGCGUGUACGCCGAGGUGAGUCGGCUGCUGCUCGCCAGCGGGCAGUGGCGGCGCCUCCGCAGGGACAACCCGCGCUUCAACCUCAUGCUGGGCGAGAGGAACCGGCUUCCCUUCGGCAGGCUCGGCCAUGAACCUGGACUUGUGCAGCUGGUGAAUUACUACAGAGGAGCAGAUAAACUGUGCCGCAAAGCAUCGCUGGUGAAACUGAUCAAGACAAGUCCUGAACUAUCGGAGUCCUGCACGUGGUUCCCUGAGUCGUAUGUGAUUUACCCAACAAACUUGAAGACCCCUGUGGCUCCAGCACAGAAUGGAAUUCGCCAUCUUAUAAACAACACAAGGACAGAUGAGCGGGAAGUCUUCUUGGCAGCUUACAACAAGCGUCGGGAAGGCAAAGAAGGCAAUGUGUGGAUCGCCAAGUCCUCAGCUGGUGCCAAAGGGGAAGGGAUCCUGAUUUCUUCAGAGGCUACAGAGCUCCUGGACUUCAUCGAUGAGCAGGGACAAGUGCAUGUGAUUCAGAAAUACUUGGAGAAGCCUCUGCUUUUAGAGCCAGGGCAUCGCAAGUUUGACAUCAGGAGCUGGGUUCUCGUGGAUCAUCAAUAUAAUAUCUACCUCUACAGAGAGGGUGUCCUGCGGACCUCUUCCGAACCAUAUAAUAGUGCUAAUUUCCAGGACAAAACCUGCCACUUGACCAAUCACUGCAUCCAGAAGGAAUAUUCCCAAAACUACGGGCGGUAUGAAGAAGGGAAUGAAAUGUUCUUCGAGGAGUUCAACCAGUAUCUCAUGGAUGCCCUGAACACAACGCUUGAGGAUAGCAUCUUACUGCAAAUCAAACACAUAAUAAGAAGCUGCCUUAUGUGUAUAGAGCCUGCAAUCAGUACAAAGCAUCUUCACUACCAGAGCUUCCAGCUCUUUGGCUUUGACUUCAUGGUGGAUGAGGAGCUGAAGGUCUGGCUGAUAGAAGUCAAUGGGGCCCCAGCGUGUGCCCAGAAGCUGUACGCAGAGCUCUGCCAAGGAAUUGUGGAUGUAGCCAUCUCUAGCGUUUUCCCCCUUAGCGACACUGGGCAGAAGAUGAGCCAGCCAUCGUCGAUCUUUGUCAAGCUGUGAUGACGACAGGAAUGCCUCCGGUGUGCCCAGGGAGAGACUGCACCCAUUGGGUGGCUUAUCUCUGCAUCAUGCCAAAAAGUGAGAGAGACAGGCUUCUUUUUUUGUGGGAAAUCGUAGGGAAAAGCAACAAAAAAGCCACCCACACAGAGCUGUGAUGAGCCAGAGCUGCUCAGAUAACUGCCUGCAUUCAUCAAUAUCCACUUCAGAAACAGCUCAUGUGACUCUGAUCAAAUCUCUCUGGGAGAACAACAAAAUCACCUUACAAAGAAACCCCAACAGGGAUACUGUACUACUGUAUUAGCUCCUCCUUUUCUCUAGAGAUAACAGUAGGAUUUUUAAGGGAAUUGAGCGAAGAAAACUAUGAUCUUCUGGGUUGUCAUGGCUGAGAAGUUCUCCUGCUGUGUUACUUCUUUCCUCACCUACUGUAUCAUUAGUGCCUUAGCUCAGCUCCAAACAGGUGACUCCUUUCCUUCGUUCCUGCUCUGUUACAUAGAAAGGAACAAGCUCUCUUGCAUUGCAGGAUGCAUGAGACCAGGAACACCAAGAAUUCCAUUUCUUUUGGUCAGUUUUCAAGCUGGUUGGCUGAACACUCAGGCAACGGCUGCCAAAAGGGUGCUGAACUGCAGGAGUGAAUUAACGCAAGCAAGAAAGGCAAUUUUGUUUAUUUAUAGCUAUCCCUUUUCCUAAUGAGAUUUGAAUCAGUGUCCAUCCCAGUCUGAUGCAGCUGGAUUCUGCUUAAAAGAGGUAGAGAGACACCCACACACACACCUCCGGGCUCACUGUCAGGCUGUGGGAUUUCUAGCACCACUUUUGUGUUAAGAGUGUUUCAAGUAACAGAAACCAAAUCUCAGUUUCUUCUGAGACGCUGCAGUGAAUUUAUGCUCUUCUGUCAGCUUCUACCUUCAUGCAUUUGAGGUUUGAAUCAGAAACCUUUCAACUUAAAUGAUUUUAGUCCAGUUUGAUCCAGCCAAUUUUAUUCUCCAUUUAACAAAUAAUUGCCAUUUAUUGUCAAAUAUUUUGACAAUAAAUUGCCAUUUUCUGCCCUGAACACACGUCCACAGCUUGGUCCCAGCUAGAAAGAAGGUGAGUGAGGUUUUGUAGACCAGGAGGGAGAUUUCUUGUGUAUAGGUUUGCCACACAGCUGGAAAGGCAGUUAUUUGGGGGGAGAAGGGAGAUUAAAUUCCUUGAGGUCCCUGAAUUUCAGAGCUAACGUCUGCUUUGAGUCCCUAGCAUAUUGCCUACCUGGUGAGGUGUAUCUGAAUUUUCAGCGCAAGCCCAGCACACGCCUCCUAAGGAAGAGCUCUUUGCAGACCAUAGUGGCACUUUUAACCACAGCAAGCUUUUUAGGGGGUAGUCAGGGAUGCAUUCUGCUGCCUUUUGCAGGGAAAGGUAGUUGGCACUGAAAUAAACUGAUCCUCGUUACGCAAAACAUACAAAGAAGAAGAGGUCGUGGGGGUUACAAGCUUCUGGCUGCCUGUGUGUAAUGGGAAGUGAAUCAAGCAAUGGAAUUUCUGCCUCCCUCAGAAGAUUCUAGUGCUUUGGUGUACUCAUAUAUGCUCGUGAUGGAGAUUUCAGCAGUCUUUGUGCCAGCAGCAGAUCCUGACACCUUUCUGUAGGCUGGACUGAAGUGCUCAGGCCUCCUUGGAGUGAUGCAUUUUGAUUGUGCUGUCAUGGGAGGGACAUCUGUUGGAACAUGCUGUGAAUCCAUUAGUGGCACCAUUUCACAAGGCCACUCUAAUGAAGGAGGGAACAGAGUGCUUAGCAAAACCACAGGGAAGCAUCACAGAGAGGACACAUCCCAAAGAGCCACACAAGUACCUCUGAAGUUGUCGAUGCCUGGAAGUGCAGGGUGGAUCUGCAUCUGCAGGGUUGCAGUGAUGCACAUUGAGAAGUGACAGGGAGCAGGAGCUGCAUGAAAACAGGGCUGCAGCUUUGUUCCCUGGGUGUUGGCAGGUUGGCUUCACUUCCAGUGAGACCCUGAGUGCCAGGUCUCUGGAUUUGGGCCUUGUGGGUAUUUGGAAGAGGGACCGUGAAUGCAUCAGUUCAUGAGAUGGGAAGUGCUGGGCAAUAAGCAGGGAGAGUGUGGGGGAAAGGACUGGUGGUUUUUAACCUUAUGAUAGUGUAUAGGUGCAAAAUUUCACUGCAGGCCAGGUAAAGCAUAGUGGUAACGCUCCAAGAUAAAAUGUGACUGUUGUUACUUGACUUACAAAGUUCACCACAUCUCAUUGGCAUUUCCAUGUUAGCUCAUGUGAGCUUAAAAAUUUUGCCUAGCAAAGAGGACAUCAAAUAGCAAUCGCCCUGGCCCAGGAUGCGUCUGUGGUGGCAGAGGAGAUGGGCUCUCACAAGCUUUUGGGCAGAGAGCAAAGCAUGAAGUGAGAAAACUUUCUGCAUCAUAACGAAAUGAGAAAUGCUCUUUUUUCUGGAGCGCCCAGACCCAUCCUUCUUUUCCCCUCCAAAGAGAAAUGAAAAACCAUAUCGCUCCCUUACUGCACAGUAAUGUGAGGUUCCUACUGACAUGGAUUAAGGGCAAGAAGGCUGCCUGGAUGCAGGUAAAACUGGAGCAGCUGGUACCGCUGGGAGGACCUCAGGAACCUCUGCCUAACUCCAAGGCCUUUUCUUGCCCUGUUUUCACCGUGGAUUGCAUUGCAGCACAUAGCAGCUGGCCAUUUUUGCUGCUUAGCUGAAGCUGGGACUUCAACUUGAUGGUAGAGCCGUGACUACAAGCGACGCAGCUAUUCGUACCCUGCCUUUUUUGCUGGGCUUGGAGGAGAUGGUGAUUCGGAGAUGGUUUUGUCACGGGUGCACCUUGACAGUGAUACUCAGAAGCUGUUGUGAGACUUAUUUUUUUUUUAGGAAUACACAACAGUAUUUUCUAACUUAGUUCAGCUAAAACGUCAAUAGAAAAGGGUCUUACUCUUUCCUGAGCUCUCACAAAGGAUAGUGCUGGGUUUCCAGAAGAUACCUACCACAUUGUGGAAAGUCUCUAGUCCUGUUUGUAUCCCUUCAUGUCAGCCAUGAAGGAUUUCAGGCCCAGGUGCUCUGGCUGCAUUUUCCAGCAGGGUCUGGUUCCUGCUGGACUCCAAGUUUCAGGUAACUCCCAUGUGGCUUGUCUCAUACCAGGUUAGUCGUGAUUACCAUUCAACAGCUAUUGUGCUCCUGCCAGAAUCUGGUGGCUGGCCACAGCCUAUGGAAAAUGCCAGAGAAGUCCAAGAAAGGCUCAAAAGCCGCUUUGGCCAGGUGGCCCUGCUUCCCAUCCCCUCUGUGACCAGUGCCUGCUUCCAUGUCUCUGCUCCCAGCAUUUCUUGUUCUCCACACGUGCCUCCCCCAGGAGAGCAAUGCUUUGCCGUACGUAGGUUCAUAAUCAUGUCUCAUUGCCAGUGUCAGCUACAGCAGCCCUCAAAAAAACUGGCUGUUGAGAGGAUGGUGGGGUACAUACAGCCCGCCACGCCCCAGUUUGUGUCCCCGGCUGCUCUCACGUUAGCAUGUGCGUGUGGGGCAGGCGGGCGUCUGAGCUUGUGGAUCUCCAGCGACUCUAUCCACAUCUCUCCCAAACCAUCAUUAAAACAUGCAAACCCUA